UAAAAUGGAUCCCCUCUCCGUUUCCAACAAUGAAACAGUCGGCGACAAAGCUCAAACUCUUUCACUUCGUCACUAAAGCCUUCAAUUUCUAUGAUGCUCGUGUAAAUCGAAAAUGAGUUGUCUUGGAACCGCUUCACGUCUGUUUCUUCUGUUUGGAAUGAGCUUGAGAAGUUGAUUUCUUUCUUUCUUAUGUUUGUUUUUCGUGGAACAAAUAUAUAAUUAGGAAAUGAUAUCGGGAGGGAUGAAUUUGGUGAUGACAGUAAUAGGCUUCACAGUGAGUAUUAUGUUCAUAGUGUUUAUUUGUACACGUCUGAUUUGUGCUCGGAUUCAGCUCAGAGCUUCUCGGAGAUCCUUCUUUGUUUCUUCAAGAUCUGAUCUUAGUAUGCUCGAAAGGGGUACACACGGUCUUGAGCCUGUUGUUGUUGCAAAUUUCCCGACGAAGAAUUUCUGUGAGGAGUGCUUCUCAGCUAACAAAGAUGCUCAGUGCCCAGUUUGCCUUUCGGAAUACCGCUGCGAAGACACCUUGCGAAUCCUCCCCUAUUGUGGCCACUCCUUCCAUGUAACAUGCAUCGAUAUAUGGCUGCAACAGCAUUCCACGUGCCCUGUUUGCCGAGUGUCAUUACGCGAAUUCCCCGAGAAGAAACGGUUGAUGCAACCGUUGUUCAGUUCCUCCAUUCGAUCGCAUUUCGGCCUGGAGUCUUUCGACACACACGCGUACAACUGUUUGUUGAGAGGGCAGGGUUUUUCAUUGAGAACCCGCGACAACCCCGCAAUGGAACAGAUUCAAGAGAAUUCUUUUGCAAGUGUGGGAAGAAAUGGAAAUCCAGAAGCAGGAGAAACCAUGUCCCGUACGAACGAGACGAUGAAAACGCCAUUAAAGAGUCGAGAAAGAAGCUUGUGGAAUGCCCUUCAAACCCUUGAAUUAUCCUUGUUUGUUGAUUGUAAAGGUCUCCUGGUUGUGAAGGGAUUAGUUUCCCUUUGUUUUUUUUUGGUGGGUUAUUGUAAAUAUUUCGAAAGUUUGGUUGUUUUUGUGUAAUUAUCCGUUUUCUUUGUUUUCC